UGACACAAUUUCUGGCCAUGCAGUUGCACGGUGGACAAUUGGACGUAAUGCAUCUCGGCAAAUUAAUGCGCCUGAUUUGUUUUUAGAAACGGAGUUUAUGACCGGUCGGUGGAGAGGAUACAGAGCCGCAGUAGGCUACCAUUCGCUGUCAGGGCUACUGGUUUUUGUUGAUGUCAUCGGUAGCCGUGUUCGAACAGGAGCGACCGUCAAUUUAUAGUCAGGAUUACUAGAAUAACAAAAUAAAGCCUACAAUAAAAAAGUAGCUAGGUUUUUUUUUGUGCGCACAGUGAGUAUGGGAAUUCUAACGCACUGUGUUUUACUUUUUUUAUUCCAGCAUUUGACGUCCGCUUAUAAUUUUAAAGGACUAGACAAUGGACAGUAUGCAUUUGUGAAAGAUCCUAGUUUGAAUAUCGAAAAGAGAACUGCAGAUGUAGAAUUAUUCCAGUUUGACUCUGAAUCAGCCGAACACAUUCGGAGCAGGAGAAGCGCUGAUCAAGAGGACUGUAAAAGUCUCCAGGGAUUCGACACCAAGUUGACUAACAACACCCACACCUAUUCCUUCAAUGACCUGAGUGGGUCCGUGUCACUGGCCUGGGUUGGAGACGCCACCGGGGUCAUCCUGGCUUUGACAACAUUCCAGGUUCCAUUCUUCAUGUUGAGAUUCGCCCAGUCCAAACUCUAUCGAAGUGAGAACUAUGGGAAGUCGUUCCAGGAUGUCACAAACCUCAUCAAAAACACUUUCAUCAGGACAGAGUUCGGCAUCGCCAUCGGACCAGAGAACUCUGGGAAGGUGAUCCUGACAGGUGACAUGUCUGGCAGCCUGGGAUCUCGUAUCUUUAUCUCCAGAGACUUUGGGAACAGCUUUGAGCAGCAGGACCUUCCCUUCAACCCCCUGAUGCAGAUCACAUACAACCCCAGAGAUGCCAACGUUCUCCUGGUUAUCAGCAACACUGACGAUCUCUGGCUGUCAGAGGACUUUGGAGAGAACUGGAGGAAGAUCCAUGACAUGGUGUGUCUGUUCAAAUGGGGGAUGGACAGUAACAUAUUCUUCACCACCAGCCUCAAUGGAUCCUGCAAUGACAUGGGGAUGCUGGACUUGAGGAGGACGACGGACUACGGGAAGACCAUCAAGACUGUUGCCACUAAGAUCUUCUCUUUCGGCCUGGGGGGAAAGUUUCUGUUUGCCUCUGUUAUGACUGGAACUGGCACUCUGAGGAGGAUCCAUGUGUCGACUAACCAGGGGGAGGAGUGGAACAUGGCUCAGCUGCCUCCGGUUGGCCACGAGGAGUUCUAUUCUAUCCUGGCAGCCAAUGAGGACAUGGUGUUCAUGCACGUGGACGAACCAGGAGACACAGGCUACGGCAGCAUCUACGUGUCAGACGACAGGGGUACGGUGUACUCCAAGUCUCUGGAGCGUCACCUCUACACCACCACAGGGGGAGACACUGACUUCACCAACAUUACCUCUCUACGAGGGGUCUUCAUCACCAGUAUACUGGCAGAGGAUGGCUUGGUGCAGUCCGUGGUGUCCUUCGACCAGGGAGGGGAAUGGGUGCCCCUGCAGAAACCUGCCAACACCAAGUGUGACUCCACAGCCAAAGAUCCCGACAAGUGCAGUCUCCACAUCCACGCAGCUUACAGCGCGGCUAUGAAGCUGAACGUCCCCAUGCUGCCUCUCAGUGAACCAAACGCUGUAGGACUCAUCAUGGCUCACGGGAGUGUGGGCGAUGCCAUCUCUGUGAUGAAGCCGGACGUAUUCGUGUCAGAUGAUGGAGGUUACACCUGGCUACAGGCCCUUGAGGGACCUCACCACUAUGCCAUCCUGGACUCUGGUGGACUCCUGGUGGCCGUGGAGCACUCUGCUCAGCUCAUCAAAGACAUCAAGUUUUCCACAGACGAGGGCCAGUGCUGGCACGUUCACCAGUUCACCAGCGAUCCCAUCCACUUCACAGGGCUAGCGGUGGAGCCGGGGGCGAGGUCUAUGAACGUCAGUGUCUGGGGCUACAGAGACUCUCUGCUCAGUCAGUACUGGGUAUCUGUCACCGUUGACUUCCGAGAGCUGCUCACUAGAACCUGUGAGGACCAGGACUACGUGCAGUGGCUGGCACACUCUGAUGACAUCAGCGACCCUAACGACGGCUGUAUGCUGGGUUACAAAGAGAAGUUACUGCGUCUAAGGAAGGCCUCGGUCUGCUGGAACGGACGGGACUAUGUGGUCAACAAGCAACCCACCCCCUGCCUCUGCACCCUGGAUGACUUUCUGUGUGACUUUGGGUACUAUCGUAAAGAGAACAGCUCUGAGUGUGUGGAGCAGCCGGACCUGAAGGGCCACCUUCUGGAGUUCUGUCUGCAAGGCAAGGAGGAGCUACUGCAGACCAGAGGCUAUAGGAAGAUCCCCGGGGAUAAGUGUGAGGGAGGAAAAGAGCCGGAGAGAAAAGAGAUCGACCUCAGUAAGAGGUGUGUCAGUGAUCUGCUGGGACCUCAGGAACUACUGAUGGACGGCCAUCUGUCCAGCUCUGCACCCAUCAUAGUGACUGUUUUAAUCAUUGUGCUGCUCGCAAUCAUAGCUGGGGUCCUCAUCGUCAAGAAGUAUGUCUGCGGUGGCAGGUUCCUGGUACACAGCUACUCUGUCCUACAGCAUCAUGCUGAGGCCCAGGGACUAGACGAACCCCUAGACAGCAACUUCACUCAGACCAGAAACAUGGCCGACUUCCACGACGAUUCAGACGAGGAUCUUCUGGAGUAACAGGUUGAACAUGCAGCUCCCAAGAGGACCUACUCGUCUCCUGUCUGUCCUUUACAACCCAGAGACUCCUGCAGCUACAAGAGGACCUACUCGUCUCCUGUCUAUCCUUUACAACCCAGAGACUCCUGCAGCUCCCAAGAGGACCUACUCGUCUCCUGUCUGUCCUUUACAUCCCAGAGACUCCUGCAGCUACAAGAGGAAUCUAGUCUCCUGUCUGUCCUUUUACAACCCAGAGACUCCUGCAGCUACAAGAGGAAUCUAGUCUCCUGUCUGUCCUGAGGCUCACUGCUCUACAUCAAAGAACACGUUUCUUCUAUCUGUACAACCAGAGGCUCGCUGCUGCUGUUCUCUCCUUCGACUCCUGCUACUUCCUCUUUCCCUCCCUCCACCAUGACCCUUGACCUCUAACCCCUGAGAGUUGUUCCAGUGCUGCUCUCAUCAGUGAGGUAUCCAAUGAGGCUUUGUGAUCUGAGUGAGACACAGCCAGAAUUCAGCAGGAGAGCAGAGGUCCAGUCGGGUUGUUAUGGUUGAUUUAAAAAAAAAAAAAAAAAAAAAAAAAAAUGUAUUCUCCAAGUUCCUUUUCUGUUGGGAUGUGAUGGUUCUGGAAUGCUGGUGAAUCUGGAAUCAUGGAACUGUUGUUUUAGAAGCUGUUUUAUGGUCUUUGGGCGCUUCUCUUAAUAUCUACUGUACCUAGACUCUUCAAAACAAGUGACUGUAAACAGCACCAUGAUGACAUUACGGGUUAUUACAUGCCUCUCCCAUUGCUUGGGACUGGGGAUCUUGGGAAAUAUUACGUAUACGUUUCUAUUGAAGACAUGUCCUUUUUUCCCCCUCCCCUGCACUUACAUAAAGAUCUUUCAUUUUUCA